UUUUUUUUUUUUUUUUUUUUUGGAGCUGGGGACCGAACCCAGGGCCUUGCUCUUCCUAGGUAAGCGCUCUACCAUUGAGCUAAAUCCCCAGCCCCGCAUGGUUCCUCUUUACAGUUACUUUAUCUGCUCACUCACACUCACCUAGUACCAGGCACCUAUCCCGCUCAGAACCUGCCUCCGACUUAGGUUCGGGAGAGGAGAGCUCAGGCGGGAUUGGUAGUGCAUUCACUCCACUCACUCCUGACUCUGCUAAUGGCCAGGUCGUAACACCUGAGACAAACAGGUGAAGCUUAGUAGAGACUGCAGCAUCCGAAUCCUGGGGCUUGUUGGAAGGGCAGAUUCCCAGGUGGCACCCACAAAGGUUCUGCAAAAAAAACUCAGGGGUCUCGGGAACCCAAGGGGGCUGGGAAGAGAGACAGAGGCGCAGAGGCACGGGCCCCGCGAGCCCCAAGUUCAGGCCCCGCGGCGCGUUUCUCGCCGUUGCACCCGGAAGUGCCUCCACCCGGCGCCUCGGGCGGGACGGACCGCGACUGUCCGCAGGGGGGGCUCCCGUCCGCUCCUCGCCCCCCAGCUCAGCGAUCCGGGGCGGACGCGCGGAACGUGUGGUCACGUGGCGGCGGCGCGCGUAGCUAAAUACGCGGCGCCGGCCAUUUUGUGCGAGAAGCCGCAGCGCCGCCUUCCUGCUCGCGCCCUAUCGCCGCCUCCGAGUCUUCCUGCGCCCCGGGCUUCCGCCGCUUCAUUGAUUUCCGUUUCUCGCCGCUGCAGCCUCCUGACACGGUGAUCCGGGCGGGCCCCGCAGGAAUUUUAUCCCCUCACCGGCCUCACACUAGUGUCGCAUGUCCACUAUCCAGAACCUCCAAUCUUUCGACCCCUUUGCUGAUGCAACUAAGGGCGACGACUUACUCCCGGCAGGGACUGAGGACUACAUUCAUAUAAGAAUCCAGCAGCGGAACGGCAGGAAGACGCUGACCACUGUGCAGGGCAUUGCGGACGAUUAUGACAAAAAGAAACUUGUGAAAGCUUUCAAAAAGAAAUUCGCCUGUAAUGGGACUGUGAUUGAACACCCUGAGUACGGAGAGGUCAUUCAGCUUCAAGGCGACCAAAGGAAGAACAUUUGCCAGUUUCUUUUGGAGGUGAGUGGCUGGAGGCCCUGUGUGACUAACGUACACGAGAUAGGGAGUAGAGUAGUGUCAGCGCUGACUGAAAACGGUGAGGCUCACGCACAGUUCAUGCUGCAGCCAAGUGGCCUGCUGCUUGGCCUGGGAACAGUGCCUCGAACUCCUGUGCGGGUGUGCAAGUGCACUCAGGACCGUCAGCGGUGCUGGGCUGUCCCUGUGGCUGCUGGCGGGAGUCUGCUGAGCACAGUGGCUUUCACUUUACAGGUUGGCAUCGUCAAGGAGGAGCAGCUGAAGGUUCACGGAUUCUAAGAUGAACCCGAACAUGUGGCGAGUUUCUUAAAUGGUUUUGUUGUCUAACUCAGUUUGGCUGCCUCGGGAGAUGAUUCUUUACAGUAAACGACAGACUUUGCGUUUAUUUAAUCAUUCAGACUUCCACUCACGCCUGCAUGGCUACAGAAAACAUGGGGUAUGUAGGCUCCUAAGUCACAAGGAAAUCGCCGUGAGGUGGGGACGAAGCCCGAGUCCGUCCUGACAUGUUUCCAGUGGAAAAGAUUUUGUUCUGAGCGUUCAUUUCUAGUUUAUUUUCACUUGAUUGUUAAAUGUUUUUGUUGUUGUUUUAUUAAACCAUGUAUGUUGCAGCUUAACAAUAAAGGAGGAAAGUCUGUG